AUGCCUCACGGGAAUCACCGCAAUAAGUCUAAUCACUAUCGGUGGAGAAGUCAUGGAGAAAAUGAUCGACGUAUUGAUACCUCUGACGAAUAUUUACGACGACGCGAACAUGGAGGGAAGUUCAGUAGUGGUCGCAAGUCCAUAAUUUCUGGUAACAAUGUGGAUAUGUUAAAACGUGCUAUGAAUAUGAAUCUUAUCGGUGGAUCAGCAGCUUCUGUUGUCACUGCCCAAAAUAGUGGCUUGGCUCCCGGCGAAGUUUGGGUGAGAAUUACUAUUGUCCAUGGCGCUAAUCAUCCGAUGAUGGAUCUUCAACAGUUGGUCACCACCAUUGUUGGGACACAGCUACGGUUCUAUAAUACUUGCGUUGAAGGAAGAAAUGCACUAAUGCAUGCAAAAAUCAGACAAAAGGAUGUUCAAAGUUACCGCAAAUCACUCCAAAAUUUACGCGAUCCAAGUCAGGGUUCACAAUUAAUUACCGACAUAACAAUUGUCCCCGAGCCCAGAGUCCCUUCUUCGUCUGAUAAAAGAAAUGAAUCACCGAAUACCUCUCCUCUGCCAGAAACUUGGAUUGAAGCAUUAAAGCAGUGCUUUGUUCAGCGUUAUCAACCUACUACGCGUAGUUUAGAUCUCUCUUCUCUGCACACGGAUCCAGUUCUUUUAAGUCAGGGACUAUAUUUACCUCUUAACAAACAAGCGGUGGUUCAUACUUUGAUUACUAUCCUGAAACAAAACCAAGCACAGCUUGCUGUUCUCAAUCUAUCAAACAACCGACUAACUCAUUUGAAUGCUUUUUCUCCGUUAUCUUCAACGAGUGCUGGAUUUAUUCCAGUGUCCAUUGAACGUAUAGAUCUCAGCUCAAAUCCUCUAAGUAGCAUACCUGUCCUUUCUGGUCUUCGAGAUAUCGCUGGUUUGGUUGAAUUAGACCUUACAGAAACUCCUUUGAUGUCAAAAUUCAAUCCAAACGACAAAUCUUUUGCAGCUAAAUUGCAUACAAUCUUACCAACGAUCAAACGUUUAAAUGGACAAGAAUUACCGCAGACUGUACAGUUUGCAAUUGAGCAAGGUUCGGAUUCCUCUAAACGGCCUCCAACGAAACCGCUUCCACAGUCUAUUCUGGGAUUUUUCCCUAAUGAUGAAGUUAAAAUAGCUUUGCUGAGUUUUUUGAAAUUAUACCUUAGUCGCUAUGAUUCUAAGCCCCGAGGUGAAAGUUUACUGCCUUACUACACGACUGUUUCCCAACUGGUUUUUUCCGUGUCUCCUGAAAAUCGUUUUCCAAAUUCACAAAAUGUGUCAUUCACAGCACGCGUAGAGAUACAAAAUGGUUCUGAUCAACCGACUACGGCAUAUCUUACCACUUCACGAUUAAAUCAAGCUUACUUUUUACGAAGUCGUAAUCUUCUUCGCUGUCGGGACCAAAGUAGACGACGCGACAUGGUUGUUCGUGGUAGUUUGGCUAUCGCCCAUUUUUUAGAUGAGCUACCAACCACGGAACAUCAAUUAGAGUCUUUAUCUGUAGACGUCGCCUUUCAUUCCGGAACUCAAAUGUUGUUUACAAUGGGUGGUGUUUUUUACGAGGUUUCUUCUAUGGGUUCAAGUUCCACCAACUCAAGCUCACACGAAAAAUCUGUUCGCAAAGUCCUUCGGUGUUUUACUAGAACUAUGAUACUGAUCGCACCAGGUGGUCAUAUAGUGCAAGAUGAUUAUAUUGUGUCUAAUCCAACUACCUCUUUGUGUAAGAAAUACAUUACUGAAAUGGCUACAAGAUGCAAACAGGACAGUCAGGCCUCAAAUCAACAGCAAAAUGUUCUCAGCUCUGAUCUUUCUGCACCUGAAGUAAAAGAAAAUAUGGUAAUUGAAUUUAGUCGGCGCACCGGUAUGAACAUUCCCUUUUCAAGACAGUGUCUAGAAGAGUAUGAAUGGAAUGCUAAUGCUGCACUAACUGCUUUCGAAACUAUGAAUUCAGCUGGCAAAAUUCCACCUGAAGCGUUUUCUGUAUAA